AUGUCAAGCGGUACCGGGAUCAACGACACAAAAGUUGUCACUGAAAAGUUGAGGACCCUGGUCUCCAAGGUUUUAGCCAUUCCCCUUGAAAAUAUCGAUGCUGAAGCUUCUUUUGUUGGCCUCGGAGGAGAUUCGUUCAAAGCGGUACAUCUUUAUCAAAGAUGCGCCGACCAAGGCUUGGCUGUUCGGUUCCAAGACAUCCUUCACAAGCCAUUGAUAGACAUAGCCUCGCUCACCGAGUCGUGCCUUGCCAACGGGUCCGACGAUGCCACAGGCCGUCACAGAGACGAUGGAGACGAAAAGUACCCCCAGAUGCCAUUCAACUAUGACUUUAGCAAGAUCUACAGCGAGCUGGAGGAAAAGUACGGGCUCAGCUCCGAGGAUGUCGAGACGAUUUAUCCUUGUAGUCCGAUGCAAGAGAGUAUGUACAUUGGCCAAAAGUUGAGCUCAAAGCGUCUUUACCGCACUCGCGGCCUUUUCGAGGCGCAAUCCGAGUUCGAUCCGUCCAGCUUUGAAGCAGCCUGGAACGAUGUUGUCCGCCGGCACCAGACUCUCCGAACAGUCUACGUGGAGACUCCAGGUCCGGCCUCUGAGCGGUUACUAGAUGCAGUGGUUCUCAAGAAGAGGAUGGGCAAGAUCACAACAAGACAAGUUGACGAUGUCGCCGACGCCAAAUACAGGUUUGCCGUCGGAGAUCCGGAGAACGAAGACAAUGACACGGACGAAUCUCACCAUCAAAUCACGCUUUACAACACCACUCGAGGGACGAAUCGCACCCAGACGCUUCUCCAGGUAGACCUGAACCACUUGACGGUCGACGGCACUUCCUUGAUGAUACUCAUGGACGAGCUUGUCAAACGACUACAAGGCAGCCACAUCGCUGGUCCGGCCCCGGGGUACGGGCGAUACAUCGACUACCUCCAGAACCAAGCCGACGAGAGCGCCGCCCUUGAUUACUGGAUAGAGUACCUAGACGGCGCAGAGCCCUCCUACUUUCCGACUAUGAACGACAACAAAUCGGGUUCGGCAGGCUCCUUUGAGGUGGUGGAAAUACCGCUAGACAUCAUCAGCCUCGAAAGUCUUCGGGCCGUCUGCCGCGACUUCAACGCAACCAUAUCAAACGCUGUGCAAGCCGUCUGGGCACUUGUUCUGAGCACUUACACCGAGGACCCCGAUGUCUGCUUCGGCUACCUCUCCUCGGGGCGCAGCCUGCCCAUACCGGGGGUGUCCGAGAUCAUCGGGCCGAUGAUGAACUUGCUCGUGUGCCGGGUGGGCGGCGUCAACGGCAAAUCCCUCGGCGGCCUUCUCGAGAGUGUCCGGGACGACUUCGUCAACGCGUUGCCGCACCAGUGCUUCUCCAUCGGCAAGGUGCAGCGCAUCCUCGGAACCAACGAGACGAAGCUGUUCAACACCAUCAUGACGUCGUACUACUCUCCCUCCAUGUCGAGCAGCACUGACAGCAGCCGCGAGUUCUUCAAGCUGGUUGCAUCACACAACGCGUCAGACUUUGAUCUCGUGCUCAAGGUCACCUACUCGGACUCGGACAUUCGGGUACGCUUGGCGUAUUCCACGGCCACAUUGUCGCCGUCUAUGGCGGAGAACGUCUCACACACUUUCUCGAGCAUCCUCGCCAGACUAAUCGACACGCAGGAUUCCGAGACCCGUGUCCAGAAAGUCACCUCCAUCAGCCCUUGGGACCUGGAACAAGUCACGGCCUGGAAUCAUCGGAAUCCGGCUCCUGCAACACGUCCGGUGCCUGUUCAUGAGCUUAUCGAGAACCAAGCUCUGCUCAGACCUGAAGCACCAGCCAUCUACGCUUGUGACGGCGAAAUGACCUACCGCGAGUUGGACAAGGCGGCCACAGCGGUUGCUCGUCGUAUUCUUGCCCUUGGAAUCGGACCAGGUGCAUUUGUCGCGCUUUGCUUCGAGAAGUCAAUGUGGUACUCGGUGGCUAUGAUUGGUAUCCUGAAAAGCGGUAACGCCUUUGUGCCAAUCGAUAUUUCUAAUCCUACGUCCAGAAGAGAGGAGAUCCUACAGCAGCUUGGCAUCUCAGCAGUGGCUGGUUUGAUCAUCUGUUCCCGAGACCAAGCACCGUCGCUGAGAUCGUUUAGUCGUCAUCUGCUGGAACUCAAUGGCAAGACGCUUGCUCACAUCACGUCCGCGGAUUACUCUUCAUCACUUCCCUCGGUAUCUCUGACGGACCCGGCGUACAUCAUCUUCACGUCUGGGUCUACCGGAAAGCCCAAGGGAGUUGUUGUGGAACACGGGGCCUACUCGUAUGCCGCCCAAGCUCACAGCCCAGGGAUCCAUAUCAACGAGGACUCAAGGGUCUUGCAGUUUGCUUCCUAUGGUUUUGAUACCAGCAUGGAGGAUCACCUCACAACCUUUGCCGUCGGCGCCUGCUUGUGCGUCCCCUCGGAAGAGGACCGGCUGAACUUGCGAAACUUGGCUUCGUUCGCAUCCAAGUCAGGGGCAAACUGGGCGCAUCUCACACCAUCUUUUGCCGAGCUGCUUACACCGGCCCUCAUGCCGACGAUGAAGACCAUGGUUCUCGGAGGCGAGGCGAUGACUGCCAAGAAUAUCCGAAACUGGGCUGCGUCCCCGGAUACCGAGCUCAUUCAGGUUUACGGGCCGUCGGAGUGUUGCGUGACCAGCACCAUCAGCCCGACAAUGUCUCUCGACAGCAAUCCCACCAACAUCGGCUCGGCGGUCCCGGGGUGCAGGACUUGGAUUGUCAGGCCUGACGAUCCCAACGCUCUUCAAGCCAUCGGCGUAGUGGGCGAGCUUCUCAUGGAAGGGCCGAUUCUCGCGAAGGAAUACUUGAACAGUCCGGAGCAGACCAACAACUCGUUCACACAGGGUCUUCAUUGGGCACCCGAGAAGAGGCUUUACAAGACUGGCGAUUUGGUCAAGUACGACUCUUCAGGCCAUCUGCACUUUGUCCAUCGCCGAGAUGGCCAGGUCAAGCUCCGCGGCCAGAGGAUUGAGCUGGGAGAGAUUGAGAGGCAGAUGGCACUCGAUCCCCGGGUUCAGCACUGCCUUGCCCUUGUACCGGCGUCGGGACCUUGUGCCACAAGACUGACUGCUGUCAUCAUGCUCAAUGGCCAGUUUGCAGACGCCAGCAGUGAGAUGUCAACUUCGGGUUCGACGAUUGAGCUUCUUAGCACGCCUUGGCUUGAGCACAUCAGUUGUAUGAGGGACCACCUCCUUGAUAGAUUGCCACCAUACAUGAACCCAGAGUUGUGGAUCAUUCUGAAGUUCAUGCCAAGGAACUCUUCCGGAAAGUUGGAUCGAAAGACGGUCACCAGUUAUCUCGAGAACCUGACGCCGGAUGAGUUCGCCGAGAUCUUGCCUCGCAUGGAAGAAGAGACUUGGGACCGGCCUGGAAGCGAGGCGGAACUCGGCAUGAGGCAGAUUUGGAGCGAAGUCUUGAACAUUCCAGAAGAGGAGAUUGGGUGGAACAGCUCGUUCUACUACUUGGGUGGCGACUCGAUUUUGGCCAUGACCAUCAGCAGCAUGUUGCGGCAAAUUGGCCUCGACGUAUCGACUGCCGAUAUUCUCCGGUAUCGAACCAUUGAACGUCUCGCCAGAGCAUCAACGGCCUCAAUACAGAGUAAACACAUCCAGACUAAGACCGAAGACAACUCGACAACAACAACAACGACAACGGAUUCGUUCAAUCUAUCUCCCAUUCAACAACUGCACUUCCAAGCCUCGCCAGAAGGUGACGUACUAGACCAGCAGACUAUGGUUGUUAAGGUAACCAGGAUCAUCGGCCAGGAUGAACUACUCAAGGGCAUCCGGUCUCUUCUCCAAGCCCAUCCGAUGUUACGGGCCCGUUUCGAGCGCCGUGACGGCAAGUGGACGCAGCGAAUCCCUUCAAAAUCUGUUGAUGAGGCCAAAGACUGUCGAGUACGCUUCCACAACCGCGAUGAGCAUAACUACGUCCUCGAGUGCAUCGCUGAGGCUAAGCUGUCGAUACAUCUUACCAAAGGCCCUCUCGUCGCCUUCGACGUCUUCGAGACGGCACGGCAGACGCUGAUGAGCGUCACCGUCCACCAUCUUGUCGUGGACACUGUAUCUUGGCGCAUCCUGUUUCGCGAGCUGGAAGAGUUCCUCCUGCUGGGCAAGCCCGCACGUCAGGAAACAAACUCGUUCCAGUCGUGGUGCUUGGCCCAGCAGCAGUUUGCAUCGGCCUUGCAGCCUCGGGACGUGCUUCCUCCUGAUAUCCAAAUUUCUGCAACAGACUUGGGAUUCUGGGGCAUGGAUGGCAAGAGGAACUGCUUCGGAGAGACGGUCUCCCGCACCAUCGCCCUCGACGCUGGUCUCACUCAGUCCAUGUCUCGAGCAUCGGCCAAUUCUGGCAUCAGAACCCUGGACAUCAUGGUUUCCUCCAUUAUCGAGUCGUUUUUGCAAACAUUCGGCCGCUUUCCCUCCGUCUUCACCGAAGGUCACGGACGAGAGCCGUUUUCUCCCGACGUCGAUCCCUCCGGAACCGUUGGAUGGUUCACCACGUUCUCUCCCGUUGCCGCGCAGCAUCGAGACAACAUUCUGCGCAAGGUCUGCGACGCUCGUUCGAAAACCCCGCUGAAUGGCUUCUCGUACUUUGCGUCUCGGUUCCUUAGCGAGGCCGGUGCCGAGGCUUUCCGUGGCCAUGACCUGCCGAUGGAGGUCACUCUCAACUACCUGGGCGACUUCCAACAGUUUGAAAAGGACGACUCACUCUUCAAGAGGUGUGACGAAGACUUCCAGAAAGCGCUGUCGGAGCUGAGGCGCCAACAACGCGCAGAGUCGUCGAGAUACGCCCUCAUUUCACUGUUGGCCGUCACAAAAGACGAUCGAUUGUCUAUUCAAGUUGAGUGGAACAAGCAGAUGGAUCAUCAGGUCCAACUGGCAGACUGGGUGCUCCGACUGGAGGAUAUUCUCAAGCGAACCAUCUCCAACCUCUCGGCUCCAGGUCUAGAUUCGCCACCGCUAUCGCCAUCGAAUGUGUUGCCUUCCUCCGUCGGUCUUGAACACACGCAACUCAGCAAGGCUCUUGACCUCGCCGUGUCACGCUUCCACUUGCGGCCUGACGACAUCGAGGCCAUCUAUCCGUGCUCACCCAUCCAGGAUAGUCUCAUGAUGUCGCAACUGAAGAAAUCUGCCAAUCUGUACAGUCAGCAUUUCCUCUUCAGGCUCUCUGGACAGGAGUCUAUCAACCCCAACAGGCUUCUGGCCGCUUGGAAACAUGUCUGUGCUUCGUACGCCAUUUUACGUACGAUCUUCCUCGAGAAUGAGUCUGGGAUGUUCUUACAAGUGGUACUGAGAUCCUUGGACCCUGACGUUGAGCUUCUCCGAAUGGAAGAUGAAGCCGGCCUCGUGACUCUAUGGGCGCAACAGUCUCGUUCAGCCGUGCCUGCACCGAUGGACGGUAAAGUUCUCCACAAGCUCCGGAUCUACACUGCACAGGACGGCUCUGUCUACUGUCUCCUCGACAAGAAUCAUCUCAUCACCGAUGGCACGACUUCUCGUCUUUUGAUCCGCGACUUCCUGGCUGCUUAUGAUGGCUGCCCAAAGCAAGGGGUUCAUCCUUACUCCGGCUACAUUGACUACAUCCAGCAGCAAGAUACGGGAAAUAUCUUGCAAUACUGGAGCAAUCACCUGGAGGGAGCACCGACAUGUCACUUCCCUAGGCUGUUACAAUACUCCUCUCCAACAAAUCGCCGCUCCGAGUUCACUCGAGUCACUUCCGUCAUCACGGACAAAACGUCUUUGAAGACAACGUGCCGGGAGUUUGACUUGACUCCGCCUGCAAUAUUUCAAGCCGCGUGGGCAGUGGUCUUGUCGGCCUAUCUGAACUCGGACGAUGUUGUCUUUGGUGUUCUUGGUCACGGCAGAGACGUCCCGAUCCCGGGGGCGUCAGAGAUCAUCGGGCCAAUGGCUACCAUUGUGCCUCUGCGGGUUCGGCUCGAAGGCUCUGGCAAGACGUCAGAGAUUUUGCGGCGUGUACAAGAUGACAGCAUCGAGCACAUUUCCAGACAGGCAGUGUCACUGGCUCAGAUCGCACACGCCGCCAGUCGUAAUGGGAGUGCCAUGUUCAACACCAUCUUCAACUUCCAGAGGGCCAUCACCCCCGAGGUGGGGAGGGUCAAGUCAGAAUUGUUAUACUCUCACGACACGAGUGAAUACGACAUCGCCGUAUGCGUGACCGAAGACCAAGGUCAACUUCAGAUCACCUUGGAAUCGCCGACGCACUUCAUGUCGGAAGCCCAGGCAGAGCGCCUUCUGACGUCCUAUGUAACCGCUGUGCGCUCUAUAGCCUCUCAUCCAGGAACACCGGUUCAGGAGCUCGGCCUGGCUACCGACCUGGAUCGAAUCCAGCUGCAGGCAUGGAACCCGACCAGAAUGGAGACCAAACACCAGUGCAUCCAUGAUGUAAUCGCCGAAACAACUCACCGUCAACCCUUGAGACCAGCAAUAUGCUCGUGGGAUGGAGAUCUAUCAUACGCAGACCUGGACUUGCUGUCCACCAAACUCGCUGUCCGGCUACAGUCUCUGGGGGCCGGUCCGGGAGAGAUUGUAGUCUUGUGCUUCGAGAAAUCCCUCUGGGCCGUGGUGGCGAUGCUCGCGGUUGCGAAAUCCGGUGCGGCGUUCGUCCACAUCGACAUCCAGGGCGCACCGAAGAGGACAGAGUCUGUGAUCAUGCAGACCAAGUCGCGUCUCGGCCUCACUUCAGCGGCUCAGCAUGCAAAGCUAGCGAGUGUUGUCGAGACGGUCAUGAUCGUCCACAAGAACUCCGUCGAGGAUCUUCCCAGCCCAGAGAGCCGCGACCAAUCUGUAGCCUCUGCUAGCCCGUCGAGCGUUCUCUACGUCAUCUUCACUUCAGGUACGACGGGUGUGCCAAAGGGAGUUGUCAUUCAGCACAAGUCGUUUUGCUCGGCCGUGGCCUCCAACAGGUCGUGGCUGCAGAUCAAGGCCGAGUCCCGGGUGCUGCAGUUCACCAACUACUGCUUCGACGCCUCUCUCGAGGAAAUCUUCACGGUGCUCGUGGCCGGCGGCUGCAUCUGCACCCCGUCCGAAACAGACCGCCUGUCAGACAUCCCCGGGUUCGUAGCGCGGAAUCAGGUGAACUGGGCUGCGUUCACGCCAUCCUUCUUGCGGACCCUCGAUCCUGAUGAGCUCGAGUCACUCGAUUUCAUCACUGUCCACGCGGAGCCCAUGAGCCAGGACCUCGUGGCCCGCUGGGCCGGCAAGAUUCGCAUGAGGCCAAGCUACGGGCCGACGGAAUGCUCAGUCACGAGCACCGUUGGAGCCCCGUUUACCGUCGACACAGACGCUACCAACAUCGGAUGGCCAGUCGGUUGCCGCGGCUGGGUAGUCCACCCGGAAAACCACGACAUCCUGAUGCCGAUCGGGGCUGUCGGUGAACUCCUCUUGGACGGGCCGAUAGUCGGCAAAGGCUACCUCAACGAUGAAGCCAAGACAGCGGCUGCUUUCAUCGAUCCCCCAGCCUGGGCCGUUGAGGUCGAAUCUGCUUCUCCAGAGGAGGGUUUCCCGCGCAAGCUGUACAAGACGGGCGAUCUCGUCAGAUACGCCGAAGACGGCAGCUUGCUUAUCCAUCGGAGGAAAGACCACUCGCAAGUCAAGAUUCGCGGCCAACGUGUCGAGCUCGGUGAGAUACAGUACCAUUUGAACAAUCUUUCGGGUAUCAUACAGCAUAGCAUGGUGCUCGUACCGCAAUCAGGGCGUCUCAAGGGUCGUCUCGUAGCUGUUGUCAGCUUGGCCGCCACCUCCUCAAAAUCCGAGAUAGCAGUUCAUGGCCAGGGCAUCACCAUGAUAAGAAAAGAAGACCUGGAUUCGGCACUCUCUCGCAAGCUCGGCACUAUCAUGGAUGAGAUUACUUCGCUUUUGGGACGGGAACUGCCCCAGUACAUGAUUCCAGAGACUUGGCUCCUUGUCCGGAGUCUUCCUGUGCAGUUGUCUCUGAAGCUGGAUCGUCAGCAUGUGGUCAACUGGGUGAAUGAGAUUGACGAAAAGACAUUGCAAGCUGCUUUGGAUGUACACCAGAACGUCGACGCGGGAGACCAGCAUUCUUCUCCCACUGAAGAGACGGUUCUCGAGAUCUGGAAGAGGGUUCUUGGCAUCCAGCAAAGCCACAUAUCUCUCGAUCAGUCUUUUUUCAGGUUGGGUGGAGACUCGAUCUACGCAAUGCAAGUGAUGCGCCUCUGCAAGGAAGCUGGUCUCCGGGUCACCACCCAAGAUGUGCUUGCAAACCCAACAGUCAGGCAGUUGGCAUCUGUGGCUUCUCCGGUCCCAGACGGACAAGGCUCAAUGCCUACUCCUCCACAAUCACCCGAUAUGUCCUCGUCCCUGUCAUCAUUCGCCAAACUCGCACUGAGCACCCAAGAUAACGUCGAAACCGUGGUACCGUGCUCGCCAUUCCAGCAGAGAAUGUACCAUGCCUUCUUGAAUAACCCACACAAGCCGUACCUGUUCAACAGCCUUGUGUCUCUGAGCAACGUGGACGGGAAGAGGGCUUCUGAUGUGGAGGCCCUUCAGCAGGCAUGGCAACAAACGGUAAAUCGGCAUGCCAUCUUGAGGAGCGUAUUCAUUUUCGACGCGUCGUCCAACCAGCUUUUCCACCAAAUCUUGACGGGGCAUCAGGCCGACAUAUCAGUCCACGCCGUACGAUCCGAGGCCGAUGCAGCUGCACAAAGUCGACACCAUCUCAAUGACGUUCGGUCGAGGCUCUUCAAAGAUGACACACCGCCCGUCUCCAUCCGCAUAUUCACCGCUGACGAUGGCCAAACAUUCGUUCAUUUUGCCAUGGGACACAUUCUGAUCGACCACGUCAGCCUGUCCCACGUCUUCUCCGACUUCUCAACGUUCUACCGAGGCGAUCCUCCAGAGCCAGCAUUGCCCCCCGCCGGCUUCCACCAUUACAUCCAACACGUCCGGCAGACCCGUGACUUGGAAGAGAGCAACCGUUACUGGGUUGGAAAGCUCCGCAGCGUCGAUCCAUGCAUAGUUCGUACCGCGUCAGACGUCGGCGCCAGCUCAGACCCUUUCUCCAUGGGCUCUGUCAAUUUCACGGUGGAGAUGACCACGGAGCUUCGGGAGUUCCUCCGGGAGGUCGGAGUCACUCUUUCGAAUCUACUGCAGUUUACAUGGGCGCUGCUCUUGCAUUUCGAGACUGGCAAUGAAUCCGUGUGUUUCGGACACCUGUCAUCUGAUCGAGACAUCGACUUCCCGCAUGCGGACGAGAUAGUCGGCCCUAUGCUGUCGAUGAUGGUGGCUCGAGCUGAACUCGGCGACGCAACAAGAGUCCUGGAGGCUCUUCGGGUAUUCCAAGGAGACAGCAUCCGGAGCCUGCGGCACAAGACGUUCGACUUGACAGAAGUUGAACGCCGGCUGGGCCGCGGCACGGGUCUCUUUAAUACGUUGGUCAACUACCGGAAGGUCAAGUACUCUGACGACAGUACUGCAGUUGACUUCCGCUCGGCCUGGAAACAAGAUCCUCACGAGCAAAUCCUGGUUCUGGCUUUCAACGAAGGUCGCUCGCAGUUGGAAGCCACGUUGACGUAUUACGAAUCUCUUUUCUCCGAGGCAUCUGUGGCAAAGCUAAGCGAAGAGUACUGUCGCAUACUGAGACUAUUGGUUUCUGGUCAGCAUCACACCGUUGGUGACCUCAGAGUUGUCCUCGAUUUAUAG